AUGGAGGGGGGUGAUUAUAAAUCUCUGCUUGUAUUGGUGACAUCUUAUUCAAGUCGAUAUCAUGGUGAGAUAUAUGAAGUUAAAAUCCAAAAAGGAUCUGGACAAAUUAUGGGGGGAGUACGAGGAGCAAUUGGAGAUGAAUAUGGCAAAGAUCAAGCCCCACUGCGUCCUGUAACUACCUUCUUCAACAAGAAUACUUACUCCAUCCCGGACAGUUGUCUCUGUGAUGCUACAGACUUAUUUGGUGGCUCCAAGUUGUAUUUGUUGUUCAGAGAGGGCAUGCUAGCUAAUCCUCCCCACUCUGUCAUGACACCGGACUCCUUGAAGGGAUAUGUAUUCGACAUACAGAACAAGUCAUUCUCUACCUUCCAGGGCCCCAGAGUACCCAAGCCACUUGGAAAUGUGAUUUCUGCAUAUGAAAAGUUAUAUCAUCUUGCAAUCCCUGUAACCUCUCCGCAUGAACCAAAUGACCCAGAAUCAGUGUUUGAGCGGUACGAUCCUCUGAAUGACAGUUGGGAGUUUCUUCCACCUGUUCCCUCUGUUAUUUCUGAUCAAGGAGUGGAGAUAGUCGGUUAUGCUGUUUACAACCACCAUAUUUUGCUCUCGUUGACAUGCGGCCCAGGAUAUGAAUUCCUUGCCUUUCAUGUAAGAACUCAGAAAUGGGUUCAUGUCAAAGUCGAGAAAUCUCAUCGCAUGGCCUGUUCGCAUUUUCCUUUCCGAGGGAGGGCGGUGGUUUUGGGCGAUCGGAUGUAUGCUUCAUCAUAUUCAUUUGGAGUGGUUCUUGAAUUUUCCUUUGAUUGUGAAGCCUAUUCUUUAACCCCAAAGUUGGUGUUUCCGAGGUUUAAAAGAAUGCAUCUUGCGAACAUGGAUAUUGGUGUUCAGACAGAGUAUUUGGUUCAUUUGGGUGGCUGGGAUUUUUGUCUUGUCCAGACUGCCUACGACUACAAGAGGAUUGAUCGUCAGCCUUUGUGGAUCACCACGUUCCGAAUCAUUGUUGGAAGUGGAGGAAGUAGCAACAUUGAGAUCUUGCAUUCAACUAUUCGUGAUGUGUACAUCCAUGGUGGUUGGCAUGUUCAGGUCAAUUUCAGCUUCACGCCAUUGCUGGAAUAG